AUGGAUGAGGAUCUGGUGUUGGCACUACGGCUUCAGGAGGAGUGGAACUUGCAGGGGUCGGAGCGCGACCGGGCCCGGGCGCCUCUGUCGCUGGUGGACGCGUCCUGGGAGUUGGUGGACCCAACCCCGGAUUUGCAGGCCCUGUUUGUGCAGUUCAACGAUCGGUUCUUCUGGGGCCAGCUGGAGGCCGUCGAGGUGAAGUGGAGCAUGCGAAUGACCCUGUGUGCUGGGAUAUGCAGCUAUGAAGGGAGGGGUGGAAUGUGUUCCAUCCGUCUCAGUGAACCUCUUUUAAAGUUGAGACCAAGAAAGGAUCUCGUAGAGACCCUCUUGCAUGAAAUGAUACAUGCCUAUUUAUUUGUCACUAAUAAUGAUAAAGACCGGGAGGGGCACGGCCCAGAGUUUUGUAAACAUAUGCAUCGCAUCAAUCGCCUGACUGGAGCCAAUAUAACGGUGCACCACACUUUCCACGACGAGGUGGAUGAGUACCGGCGACACUGGUGGCGCUGCAGCGGCCCGUGCAGGGACAGGAAGCCCUACUAUGGCUACGUCAAGCGCGCCACCAACCGGGCGCCCUCCGCUCACGACUACUGGUGGGCCGAGCACCAGAAGACCUGCGGCGGCACUUACAUCAAAAUCAAGGAACCAGAGAACUACUCCGGGAAGGGCAAAGGAAAGACAAAACUGGGGAAGCUGCCAGCAGCCACCGAAAAUAAAGAGAAACCCAACAGAGGAGAGACCCAACUGUUAAUCCCUUUCAGCGGGAAAGGAUACAUUCUCGGAGAAACGAGCAAUUCGCCUUCAUCUGGGAAGUUUGUCACUCCGUAUGCUAUUAAUAAAACCCAAGAUCUUUUAAGUCAAGACCACUCAGCAAAAGCUCUCAGACCUAACUCUAAAAUUGAGGUGAAGUUGGAACAGAAUGGUUCGAGUAAAAAAACUCCUCUAGUGUCCCCUGUUCUCACUACCAGUCACCAAAAUGUCUUAAGCAACUACUUUCCUAGAGUCUCAGUUGCCAGCCAGAAGGCCUUCCGAAGUGUGAACGGAUCUCCAGUGAAAAGUCUAGCAGCUGGUGACAUCACUAAAAACUCAGUCUCUUCUGGUUCUCAGAGAAGGGUCACCUCUCCAAAGAGGUCCCUGAGAAAUUCUUUAAAGGCACCGGAAUCAACGUCUGUGACUGCACCCCAGGAGCUGAGUGGGCCUGAAGAGACCUUCCCAAGUAAACGACCCAGGCUAGAGGACAAGACCGUUCUUGACAAUUUUUUUAUCAAGAAAGAGCAAGUACAAAGUGGUGGAGGUGCUCCGAGGUGGAGUCCCCAUCCUACAGCUGCGACGCCGAACCCCAGCAGCUCAGCCAGAACGGUUGAUUGUCCCGUUUGUCAGAGUGAAGUUGUGGAGUCUCAGAUUAAUGAGCACUUGGACCUGUGCCUUGAAGGUGAUAGCAUCGAAGUCAAAAGCUGAAAAAGUCUUGGAAAAACAAACGGGUGUCACACACCACGGUAUUACCCCACGAAAGGGUGUCAGCCACUCAGGAAGUUCUGGUGAAUACUAAGAU